UGCAGUCCGAGUCUGUUCCCACAGCCAAACCCAGCCCCCGGUCGAGAUGGCUUUCAAGCUGGUGCUCCUGUCCGCGCUGGUGGCGUGCGUGCAGGCCGGAGGCCUCAUCGGCGGCUACGCCUCGUCCUACGGCUACGGCCACAGCCUGCCCCUGGCCGCCCCGCUCGUCUCCUCGCCCAUCGUGACCAAGACCACCGUCACCACCACCCCCAUCAUCACCAAGACCCACCUGGCCGCGCCCCUGCCCCUGGCGUACGGCCACGGCUACGGCCACGGUCUGGGCUACUCCAGCUUGGGCUACUCCGGCCUCGGCUACUCCAGCCUGGGCUACUCUGGUCUGGCCCACCACGGCCUGGGCUACUCCGGCCUGGGCUACUCCGGUCUGGGCUACUCCGGUCUGGGCUACUCCGGUCUGGGCUACUCUAGCCUCGGCCACCACGGUCUCGGCUACUCCGGCCUGGGCUACUCGCACGGACUCGGCUACUCCGGCCUGGGCUACUCGCACGGUCUUGGCUACUCCGGCCUGUGGUGAAAAGUGAUCUCACCAAUAGUCAAUUGAUAAUCUGUGAUGACAACAACUCGAGCUUUAUCCCAAAGUCAAUAAAAACGCUCAACAAAACAAA